AUGCAAGGCACCCAAUUUGAUUCCACACCCGUUCGUGUCUUGAAAGCAGACGCACAACAUAUAGUUGGUGAUACUGCACGUAUGACUGCUACUGUUGGUGCAAUUGCCAUAGCUGACUUAGUUAAGACGACAUUAGGUCCAAUGGGGAUGGACAAAAUCUUAGUCGGCUCGACGGUUGGCGACAACGUCACCAUCACAAACGACGGCGCGACCAUCUUAAAAAAUGUUCGUCUUGAGAACCCAGCGGCUAAGGUGUUAGUUGAGAUCUCUAAGACGACUGACGAGGAAGUUGGCGACGGGACCACAUCCGUCACUGUCUUAGCUGGUGAGUUAAUGCGCGAAGCCGAGAAACUGAUGGCGGAGAAGAUUCACCCUCAAAUCAUUAUCGAAGGGUGGCGCGUCGCUUUAAAGGCUGCUCAAGAGCGAUUGGGGUCGAUGCAGUUCAAUGUCUCGAAGGAGGACCCGAACUACAAAAAGCGCUUAUUAGACAUCGCGCGCACCACACUGUCCUCCAAAAUCUUAGCAGCGGAGAAGGAGAAGUUUGCGGAAAUUGCUGUCGAGGCCAUCGAAAAGAUCGGAGACUCGGACAUCGAGAACGUCGUCAUCUUACAGAAGAUAGGCGGGGAGAUGAGAGAAUCAUAUUUGGAGGACGGCUUCUUGCUAGAGAAGAAGUUUGGGACGUCACAGAAGAGGUUUUUGGAGAACCCUAAAAUUAUGGUUGCGAACACGGCGAUGGACAACGAUCGCAUCAAAAUCUGGAGCGGGAAGGUCCGAGUCGACUCUGUUGGGAAAGUUGCUGAAAUAGAGGAGGCUGAGCGCACACGUAUGAUUAAGAAGUGCGAAGCAAUCAAAGCGCAUGGCGUCACUUGUUUUGUGUCGCGACAACUCAUCUACCCUCUUCCGGAACAAUUCUUUAGUGCCAAUGGGAUAGUGUCGAUUGAUCACGCUGAUUUUGACGGUGUCGAGAAAAUCGCGAAGUUGUCGGGUGCGGAGAUCUUGUCGACUUUUGAUCAUCCGAAUGAGGCCAAAUUGGGGAGUUGCAAGGUUGUUGAAGAGAUAAUGAUUGGGGAGGAAAGCUUAAUUCGCUUCUCUGGAUUCCCACAUGGUGGUGCGUGCACUGUAGUGUUGCGCGGGUCAUCGAAACAGUUACUUGGGGAGAUGGAGAGAAGUCUUCAUGAUGCGUUGUGUGUGUUGCAUGUUGUGAAGAAAGACACCAAAAUGAUAUGUGGGGGUGGAUGUGUUGAGAUGGAGUUAAGUCUUGCUGUUGAAGAGGCUGCGAAAAAGACGGAAGGGAAGAGAGCGUUAGCAGUGGAGAGUUUUGCACGAGCGUUGCGACAACUUCCGAUGAUCAUAGCGGACAAUGCCGGGUAUGAUUCAGCCGAUUUAGUUGCUCAACUUCGAGCAGCGCAUGCGAAUGGAAAUAUCAAGAAUGCUGGAUUGAACAUGGAUAAAGGGUGUAUUGAUGAUAUGAUGGCAACAGGGAUUAUUGAACCGUUUGGAGUGAAGAAGCACAUCUUAACUGCAGCGACAGAAGCUGCUGAAAUGAUCAUUCGAGUCGACCACAUCAUCCAAGCCGCACCAAGAAAAAGAGAACAGAAGUAA